AUGAUCACUUCUCCUUUGCGCUUCUCCUCGCUCGUCCCGCGAUCAACCUCCUCCUUCUCGCGAACUUCCCYCCAGCUUCAACACCAACUAGCCGCCUCUCGAUUCCGACGAACGAUUCCGACCCACGCUCGACGAACAACGACGACAUCCACAACUCACGACGAGCUCUACUCCCCUCCGACCACCGGGAUACUCUCGGUUCUGCCCUCAUCGUGGGUUCCCUACGCCGAACUAGCCCGUCUAGACAAGCCCGCAGGAACGGCGUAUCUCUUUCUACCGUGCCUCUUCAGCACUCUCCUCGCCGCGCCGCUUAGCCACUCCUCGCCGGCAACCGUUUUUUCAACAACGGCCCUCUUCGCAACUGGUGCUCUCAUUAUGCGAGGUGCAGGAUGCACUGUUAACGAUCUUUGGGACCGGAAUCUCGAUCCACACGUCGCCCGAACCCGUCAUCGGCCUCUUGCCCGUCGUGCGGUGACUCCCUUUGCUGCUGUAUCCUUCCUCGGUGCACAGCUUUUUGCCGGACUGGGGCUGCUCCUUCAAUUCCCCAAUCAGUGCCUAUACUACGGCGUUCCUAGCUUGGUUUUUGUAGGACUUUAUCCGCUCGCGAAACGCGUAACGCAGUAUCCACAGGCUGUCCUUGGAUUGACCUUUUCCUGGGGUGCCUUCAUGGGGUUCCCAGCCCUUGGUAUGGAUCUCUUGACGGACAUGCAUGCUCUAGCAGCCGCUGCAUGUCUGUACGGAAGCUGUGUGGCGUGGACUAUCGUCUAUGACAUGAUCUAUGCCUUUCAGGAUAUCAAGGAUGAUGCAAAGGUGGGGAUCAAAAGCAUUGCACAGGCGCAAGCCAAGAGUCCAAAGGCCUUCCUUAGCACAGUGGCUGGGGUGCAGGUUGCAUUGCUAGCUGGAGCAGGUGUUGCAGUCGGUGCAGGGCCAGCCUACUUCAUAGGAACAUGUGGGGGUGCGGCGGCUUCGUUGGGAUACAUGAUAACCAAGGUGGACUUGGGAAGCGUCGAGGACUGUGCCGGGUGGUUCAAAAAGGGCGCAUGGUUUACGGGCGGAGCGAUUGCCGUUGGGAUGGGUGGGGAGUAUCUUGUGAGGAUGUAUAAUGAGGAAGAGAAGGCAGGAGAGGUAACCGCAUGA